GUCCAUCUCAUCUACAACUAUUCAGCUUACGCCAUUGAUUUUCGACAGCAUAAUUUAGCAAAAAGGUGUUGUUAAAAUGUUCCAAAACAGUGCUGCUCGCCUAUUGGUGCCCGCUCUCCGUAGUGCCAUGCAGAGCCGUUGUCAGUCGGUCGUUUCCGGCCCACCCACGAAGCACGUCUCCACCGCCGAGAAAGUUAUCCUGGGCGGCGGCAUGUGCGCUGCGUCUCUGUUCAUCCCUGCAUGGGUGCUAUACCACAUUCGGGAUUAUAAGGGCGAGAAGUAAUCUAGCGCCAUCAGACACAUUUAGUUAAUACCCAUGUAAAGUAAAGAAUGUCAAAACAUGCUAGGCGUUUUCAAGAAACGGAAAUAAACAAAGUGGAUUGAACCUUA